UGGAGACCGCGACCGCGUCUAGGUCGUGGCCAGCGCCGCCCUUGGAGCGCCUCAACUUCGCAUCGUGGGACGCCUUCUUCGCGUAUAUGGAGGAGUAUCAGCUCCGCACUCGUCAGACCUUCCGCCGUCGUAGUGCCACGUCUGUCAAGGCGCGUAACCAGGCUUUGGCUUCGAUUGCUGGCUCUGGUCGCCCUCUUCCAAGUCCGCUAUUGCCAGAGAGUUUUCUGGACUACACGCGGAUGUUGCAAUGCUCCCACAAGCUACGAGGGGAGGCGGCACGAGCUCAUGUUCGCUGGAACCGAGAGCAGCCAUCUGAGUGCCAGGCCAGGAUAAAUGCGACUCUGCAGCUUUGCGAGGACGGACAGUACCGCAUUCGCGUAACCAAAGCCAGUCUCGUCCACAACCACCCACUUGGAGGGGGUGCUGUGGCUGUAUCUGCAGCUGCCUCCAUGGCUUCAGCCUCAACACUGCAGCCAGGAGUCUCACCGGAGACGCAACAGACCAAAAGACGACGUGUAGGUCGUCCUCGGAAGUACUACAGAUCGGAUGAAAGUGGCGCGAGGAAAAGCAGCGCAGAUAUGACCCACAUUCCCACAAUGGCAGAUGUGCGUUCCUUUCUUGAGCGCGUCAAGCGAGUGCGUUCGAAUCAGCGAGAUGUGCUUCAGUCGGUAGAGGAACAUCUCGCUACCUACGUCAACGAGUUUGCAGCACUGGAGGGCAACGCGGCCAAGAUAUUCGUCGAUAACGAGAAGGUCUUGUCGAGUAUUACGCUCCAGACGAAGCACAUGCGCAAGGUCUUUGCAGCUUUCCCCGAAGUGUUACGUGUGGAUACCUUGCCUCCUUCUAAGGAGAACACCUCUGAAUCAAGUUACGGCGUCUUCUCGCUAAUGGCACAUGACACACUUGGUAAAUGGCAGUACGUUCAGCACGCUAUCGUGGAAAGCGACCGAUCCGAGACACUUCGUGUUGCUCUGGAUCAAUUCAAGGCGCACAACGCUCGUCAUGCUCGCAUUCGCGCCUUGAUCGUGCCAAGUGAUGACGCACCAGGACUCAUCGAGGAGCUGCGAUCAAGUUUCCCUUCCGCUCGUGUGCUGUACUCGCAGUUCCACGUGGUGCGAGCUCUCCACAAGGCGAUCGCAGAGCAUGGCAAGGACUUAACGUCGUGGCAUCGGGACCGUCUCACGGGGAUCGCUCAGCUGCUGGUGUACGCGCCCACUGCUCCCGUCUACGGUGCAAAUAUCGCUCUCAUGGCUGACGUUCUAGGCUCGAAACAACACUCUUUUUUCUGCUACUACGUCGAAAUGUGGGAUUCGUGUCGAGAUCGCUGGACGACAUUCGCUCGUGAAGGCGUGACGACCUUCAGUAUCUCGGAAUACGACGGGCAGUUCGCGUCUACGUGGCAAGGUAUCUUCGCUGCGGUUAACGAAGAAAUGGCUCUGGACGAGACGGUCGCAGCUAUCCAAUACUAUCAAACGGUCGUGGAGCGUGCGUUUCUACGGGACUUGAAUACUGAGCUGAGCAAUUGCAACAUUGCUGCGAUCCAAAGUGGCUCUGGUGGCGAGGAGUACGACGCGGAGAUGCGACUAUUGGCUGCUACUGUGAGUCCCGCAGCUAGUAGCUUGGUGUUCCCGCAAUACCGGUAUUCCAUAUCCCGAGGCGCGUACCAGUUCUUUGAGCCGACACGUGGAUCGUUCUUUGUGUCUGCUGUGGCCCACAACGAGGUUUUCUGCGAUGAUCCUUCCAAGGAGUUUUGUGUCGAGGCCGAGCGAGGCUGGCAAUGUUCGUGUGCCUUUAUGACGAAUCAUCGCUUACCGUGUCGUCACGUCUUUUACGUUCGACGUAUUACCCGCUGCAGUACGUUAAUUCCGAUGGAACAUAUCGAGCCUCGCUGGGUGUUGACCAGGGCCAAACACUUUUUCGAGGAUAAUUCCAUGGAAAUUGGUCGAGAUACGGGACCAGAUCACGAAUUCAGCAACGUUGUUCCCCAUCCUGGCGCCUGGCAGAAGUACGUUACAGCACAGGAAGUGGGGAAACGUAUCAGUCAGCGCAUGAUGGAGAUGGAUGCGUCGGAAUUCGACCGAGCGCUACGCUUCUACAAGCUCGUGGAGUCGACGUUAAUUGUGCGUCCUUUUAACUUGAAGUCAGCUGCUGCAGCGAGGCUCAAUGUCCACGGCGGAGGGGCUACAGCAUCGGCAACACGUGAACCUAAUUGGGUCGAGCCAGACCCUACGAGAGCCUUGGCGCCGCGUGGUGGUCCAGUGGCUGGGACAAUGUAUAUGUCGCCAAACGACCAAGUUGCUGCAGCGAUAGCGCCAAGGAACAGACAACUAGCGCAGAUGGGUGACUGCCAGGCAUCUCGACGUCCGACGGACGUCAUUGAUCUGCAGGAUGAAUCGGAGGAAGAAGAGAAGAACGACAGUGGGCGGCAGAAUGAGGCCGGACUUGAAGAGGACGCAGGAAAAGAAGGCGAUGUGGCCAAGACGGAGCCAGAGCAUGAAGAACAGAACGAGGUGUCGGCAGAUGAUCUGUUGGAGGAGCAAGCACAUGUAGAUGGCAAUCCAUCACCAUCCUGUCCACUCCGCGAGCCCUGGGAGGCGAUCGACGACCCGCAUGAAGAGCUCGCAGAUACCGCCGGCCUUCAGAGCUAG